AUGUUUCGAGUUGGCUUGGAUGUCUUCGAGGAUGAGCCUUACAUGAAGCCUGGGCUUGCCGAGUUGAAAAAUGUUGUUGUGGUACCUCACAUUGCUUCCGCUUCCAAGUUAAGAGAAGAUGAAAACUCAAAUGCUGCCCAUGUUGAACGAUUCUUGGAAGGGGCUGCAGCUGCAAGGGCGCUUAAUGAGGGAUACGAAAACCAAGACCGGAGGCCUAGCAGACAACAACUGUUGGUUGUGGCGAACAGGUUACCUGUCUCUGCAAUUAGAAGAGGUGAAGAUUCAUGGUCUCUGGAGAUGAGUGCAGGGGGUCUGGUCAGUGCACUUUUGGGUGUAAAGGAGUUUGAGGCAAGGUGGAUUGGUUGGGCCGGGGUAAAUGUGCCGGAUGAAAUUGGACAGAAGGCUCUUACUAGAGCUCUUGCUGACAAGAGAUGUAUUCCAGUUUUCCUUGACGAGAGCCCCGCAAAACAAAUGGUUGUUUUAGUCAGAACCAGAGCCCCGCAAACAGCCUUGAGCUGGUUCACUUCACUCAACAUCUCCAGAUCUAUUCAUGGGGUACCCUUUGCAACCGAUGAAGUGGAAGAGAUAUCGGGUUCACAGCCUGCUGAAGUUCUCAACUUGGUGCAGGGUAAAUGGAAGAACACUAAUAGAUGGAACACAAUUUGGGAUCCUUUAAAUGGGGAGCCAUUCAUUAGAGUUUGUGAAGUUGAUGAAACGGGAAUACAGCCGUUUGUGGAGAGCUUGUCCAGGUGCCCGAAACAUGGUCUUCACAAUCCGUUCAAAGCACCAGAGAGGUAUCUUAUGCUUGGGGACAUAUCUGCAAAGGCAGGUCACAUGCUUUCCUUGCCAAAGGUUUCUGAUUUCUUCACAAGAUUAAUACAAAGGGUUGCUCCAAAGAGUUACCAUCAGGCUUCUGGUGAAGUUUAUGUCACUCAAAAAUUUCUUGAGAAUUUCUCCAGCGAUCAGGUCCGCUUCCUUGCAAGAUCUUUUGGGGUGCCUGGAAAUCAUCUUGGACAGCAAAGUCAUGGUUUCCGUUGGCCUUAUGGUCCUGUUGCAAUCAUUACUCCCUUUAAUUUUCCACUACAAAUUCCUGUACUUCAGUUGAUGGCUGCACUUUAUAUGGGUAACAAACCAGUCCUCAAAGUUGAUAGUAAGGUAAGCAUUGUUAUGAAGCAAAUGAUGAGGCUGCUUCAUUACUGUGGGCUACCGACAGAGGAUGUUGACUUCAUAAAUUCUGAUGGGCAGACAAUGAACAAGCUACUAUUAGAGGGAAAUCCACGAAUGACCCUUUUCACUGGUAGCUCAAGAGUGGCAGAUAAGUUGGCUGGUGACCUGAAGGGUCGUGUUAAGUUGGAAGAUGCAGGAUUUGACUGGAAGAUUUUAGGGCCUGACGUUCAUAAGGAAGACUAUGUUGCAUGGGUCUGUGAUCAGGAUGCAUAUGCAUGUAGUGGUCAGAAGUGCUCUGCACAAUCGAUGCUCUUCAUCCAUGAGCGUACUACUUCACAGGAAAGUACGCUGACCAAGGGUGGAUGAUCUUGCUGACAUCAAUCUUAGGAUUAACAAAUGGUUAUCUCACUAUCUGUGUCAUGACAGUGGCACCCAAAGGCUACAACGGACCUGAGCAAAAUGCCUUGGGAAAUAUACUUGUUUUGUUUCUUUUGGGAGGCAUAUUUGCAGGGGUUUGCCUUGACUGGUUGUGGCUCAUUGGUAAGGAUAAAUUCUAAGGAGCAAAAGUGUGGGAUUGAAGAAAGAAAGUUGCUCGUUUGAAUACUAAUUUCGUGCUUCCGAUGGAUUGAAGAACGAUUAGGAACUACGAAUUGCAACCGUGUAAAUGAUUUGCUUUGGGUGUAUAGUUUGAUAUACCUUGUUUAAAAAUCCAUAACUUUUCAUGUCAUUGAUUUGUAGAACUUUUAUUCUUACUUGAAUGAGAGAGAGAUAUGCAGUGUGACAUGAAGAUA